CAAAAAAAAAAAAAUAAUAAUAAUAAUAAUAAUAAUUUACAAAUAGGUUAUGCAAAAUAAGUAAAUACAGACCCCCUUUUUUCGUUUCUUUUUUCAGAUAACGUUACUUUUUCACACACGUGCACACGCGCGCGCGCACACACACGCACGCACACACAGCUCAAAUAAAACAACGAGGGCAGCAGUCAUCACUCGAUGCUGUAAAGCCGUUUCAAAGUCGAUAAACUGUUCUUCUCUCAGGAAAGCUUUUAUUAUGAGAAUGAUAUAAGCAUUUCGAAAUAAUCAGAAUAAAUUAAGUGCAUUUAUCGAAUGUCACCAAAACAAAUAAAAAUAUAAUAAUUUACAAAUAGGUUACGCAAAAUAAGUAAAUACAGACCCCCUUUUUUCGUUUCUUUUUUCAGAUAACGUUACUUUUUCACACACGUGCACACGCGCGCGCGCACACACACGCACGCACACACAGCUCAAAUAAAACAACGAGGGCAGCAGUCAUCACUCGAUGCUGUAAAGCCGUUUCAAAGUCGAUAAACUGUUCUUCUCUCAGGAAAGCUUUUAUUAUGAGAAUGAUAUAAGCAUUUCGAAAUAAUCAGAAUAAAUUAAGUGCAUUUAUCGAAUGUCACCAAAACAAAUAAAAAUAUAAUAAUUUACAAAUAGGUUACGCAAAAUAAGUAAAUACAGACCCCCUUUUUUCGUUUCUUUUUUCAGAUAACGUUACUUUUUCACACACACGCACACGCGCGCGCGCGCACCCACACACACACGCACGCACACACAGCUCAAAUAAAACAGCGAGGGCAGCAGUCAUCACUCGAUGCCGUAAAGCCGUUUCGAAGUCCCCAGGUCAGUCUUAUAUGCUGGUCCAGGAUCAGUUUUGUCUUCCAUUACUACGUCACAAUGACGUUAGACGUGCUUCUAAGGGCUGAUCCCAGAACAGCGCUUAGUCCAGUUUGAACUACGACCGUUCUUGGGCUUCGACACUUCCGGUAUUUUUACGGCAGCCUGCUCGGUUCCACAAACAGAGAAGUCAGCUGGCUGAGAGAUGACAUGUACACACAGCAAAUACAACAAACAAACGAAGAAAUAACUCAAAUCUGUCAGAAACACGCGAUUACGCAACGCAAACAUUGCUUCGAGGCGCUAAAGUAAACGAGGAAAGGACGAGCAGAAAUGUUUUGGCUAACGUUUAGUCACCUGACGAGUCUGAUAACAACAACUACAGCGCUGCAAUAAAUGCCAACUCUUUGCAGAUACAAGUGGCUCGUUUAACAAACUUUGGAUUUGUUUUUUGCACGGAAAAGCGUGUUUGCCUCUUUAAUGGAGAAGUAGGAAAUCCACAACUCUGUGACUGAAGAAAUUACUUCAACUCUUCAAGUCAAGCUUGAUAAGGUUAUCCUACUAUGUGUGUCAGAGCUGUUUCCACUCCAAGCUUUUACUGCUGUCAGGAAGUCCUGUAGGGAUCGCCCUCGACUGAGGAACAGCAGGCGUUUAUGUUCAGUCCAUCAAAGAGCAUUUGGAGCAAAAGACAGCCAGACAUGUGGCUUCAGCAGAGGUUAAAGGGUCUGCCAGGUCUGCUCUCGAGCAGCUGGGCCCGCCGUGUCCUGGUGGGAUUACUGCUCCUCCUCAUUUUCUACUGGUACCUGAGCUCAGAUGGGCUCCUGAGGUUUCUCAGCAUGUCCCGAGACUCUGGAGGAGCGGCGGGGGCUUGUUUGCAGACUGAUCUUCACAGGUGGGUGUCAUUGGUGGACCGAGGGGAGGGAGUGGUACUCACUCCCCAGACCACAGAAACUGUCCCGUUUGUGGUCGGUAAUGGACAUUUCCUGGUGGAUUUGGACUCUAAUAAACUCUGGGUAGCUUCAUCUUCACAGCCUGGAUCCGCGCCGGUUCUCCAAACAGACUACGGGCCGAUAGUGCGCCUGCAGAUCCCGGGAACACGCUCGGAAGCUCGGGGAAUGAUGCUGAGGUACACAAAAGGCUCUGUUUUUUCCAGCAGGUGCAUCCUAACAGCGUCUCCUCGCGACUGCGUCGUCAUCCGAGAGGAGUUUGUUGCGCAUCGCAGCCGACCCAAUGUUUAUCUUCAGAGGGUUCACGUAACGAACCCCACAGACCGUCCGGUUUCCAUCGACCUGGUUUCUAUUGAGUCUCUGUCGUUUAGGAGCACCGCGGAGAAGAUGGAGGAGAAGGAGUUUGUGCUCUCCUCAGGACGGGUGCUCACGGAAAAGAAGGACACCGUGCUGGUGGUGGUGGCCACAAAGAAGCUGAGCGCCAAGAUUCAGGUUUCUGCCAAAUCUGAAUACUUAGAAAACCUGGUGAGUGUGAUUCACACCUCGGAGCCCACCGAGGGCGGGAAACUGGACGAGAGCCUCGGGAAACUGAGAGAAGCGGUCAAGAGAGAGAUGGUGGAUGUCCUCCGAGCAAAUGUGGAAGAGCUGAUGAAAGAGCACCAGCAAGCAUGGGCGGACCUCUUCAUAUCUGGUGUGGAAAUCCGAAAGAUCACAGAUGCCCAUACUCCGUCCAGUCGAACAGUCAACAACACGCUGUACUACAUUCUGUCGACCUCCACAGCGCCCCUCCUGGACCAGAGACUGACCGCAGAAGAGACGGAGCGCCUGGAGUCCAGUCUGAACUACGCCGACCACUGCUUCAGCGGCCACGCCACCAUGCACGCCGAGAACCUGUGGCCGGAGCGCCUCUCCAACGUGGCUCAGAUCCUGCAGCUGGUGAACCUCUGGAACCUGACCUUCCAGAAGAGAGGAUGCAAGGUCCUCGUGGCGGCAGGCACUCACGGCAUGAUGCAAGGCAUGGUCCUGAGUUUCGGCGGUCUGCAGUUCACCGAGAACCACCUUCAGUUCCAGGCCGACCCGGAUGUUCUUCACAACAGCUACUCUUUGAGGGGCAUCCAUUACAAUAAAGACCUUAUCAACCUGGCCGUGCUGCAGGACGCCGAGGGCAAGCCCUUCCUGCACGUGUCCGUCAAGCCCCAGGAGAAACCCGUGAAGCUGUACGCCUGCGAGGCCGGCUGCAUGAACGAGCCCGUGGAGCUGACCUCGGAGCUGCGAGGCCACAUGUUUCCGGUGAUGGUGACCCAGCCCAUCACGCCUCUGCUGUACAUCUCCACUGAUCUCACUCACCUGCAGGACCUGAGGCACACGAUGCACGUCAAGGCCAUCUUAGCUCACGAGGACCACAUGGCCAAGCAGUACCCAGGCCUACCCUUCCUCUUCUGGUUCAGUGUGGCGUCCCUCAUCACGCUUUUCCACCUCUUCCUCUUCAAACUCAUCUAUAAUGAGUACUGCGGGCCUGGAGCCAAGCCGCUCUUCAGGAGCAAGGAUGAUGAUUCUGUCUGAAGCCUAAUCCAGUGUGCAGAAACAUUAAAUAUGGCUCUCUCUCUGGAUGUCCUCUCAGGAUUGAUUUUAAUCACUGGAGAUGUACUGAUGUGUUCAAGACAUGUUUUCCAUUAUUGCUGUGGGAAUUUAAUUUUGAACAUUAUCUAGUUUCUGUCGAGGAUUAUGUAAGUUGUUAAGGUUAAAAUAUGAAGACUAUUUAAAGGUGCCCAGUCAUGUGCAAAUUAGUGAUUAAAUAUCAAUAAUUAUGAAGGAUUCAAACAAGACCUUUACUGAUUUAUUAUUCUGGCUUUAUAAACAAGCACAAUAACAAAAUCUUAAUGGAAACCAAAUCAGAUAUGCAGCUCCUAAACAAUGAUUUUAUGUGAAAGAAGGAAAAAAAAAAAAACAUUGUAU